CUUAGGAUAGUAAAAUGGCGACUUUUGGUUUGCAGCAGCGGCUCUUGCAGCCUACGGCCGGCGUCCGCCGGUGCCCAGCACCUUUUAGGCCAGUGGUGCCUAGCAGGCUCCAGCGCCUUCAGGAUAUCGUAGUGCAUACUGCUGCAAACUAUGAGCUCGAUGAGGAAGUUGAGAUCAUCGUUAAACCACAGCAAAAUCUGCGGCGCGAGAAGCCUCGCUCCAAGCGCUUCAAGGCGAUGCGGACGAAGACGCCCGGGCGCACGACGGAGAUGGACCCCAAGGAGGCAAUUAAGCUCGUAAAGCAGACAGCUUCCACCAAAUUCACGGAGAGCGUUGAGUUCCACGCCCGUAUGGGCCUGGACCCGAAAUUCGGAGACCAGCAGCUGCGCGCUACGGUGUCGCUGCCCUUCGGCACCGGCAAGGAGCUGCGCGUGGCCGUUCUUACCCAGAGCGACAACGUGCGGCUGGCCAAGGAGGCCGGCGCAGAUGUCGUCGGUGGGGAUGACCUCAUUGAGAAAAUUAGCGGCGGCUUCCUGGAGUUCGAUAAGCUGAUUGCCACCCCGGACAUGAUGCCCAAGGUGGCUAAGCUGGGUCGUGUGCUGGGCCCGCGCGGUCUCAUGCCCAACCCCAAGGCGGGCACGGUCACGACGGACGUGGCGGGGACCGUGAAGGACUUCAAGGGCGGCAAGGUGGAGUACCGGCUGGACAAGACCGGCAACGUGCACGUGCUGUUUGGCCGUGCGGACUUCAAGGAGGAGGACCUGCUCUUCAACCUCAAGGCGGUGCAGGAGUCCAUUGAGUCCAACAAGCCCUCGGGCGCCAAGGGUGUCUACUGGAAGAGCAUGUACGUGUGCAGCACCAUGGGCCCCUCGCUGCGCCUCAACGUGUCGGCGCUGCAGAACACCAAGGGCAAGCCGGAGUGAGCGGGGUAGUGCGCUGCGGUGUGAGGAGCUGUGGGGAGCUGUGGGAAGCUGGGGAGGAGGAGGAGCACAGGGGUGGUCGGCUACAGCAGCCCGGGGAGGAGGAGCCGCAGUGGUAGGAGCGGCAGCAUCGGUGAAGCGGAUCAUGGCCGUGUUAUGGGAGUUGUGGCAGUAAGGGGGUCUUAGCGGCGGGUGGGAGGGGACUCCUGCGUACUUGCAUGGACGGCGGUUAUUGCGUGCUGCAUGCACCAAUUUUGGUUUCUAAUGGCCGCCUGGGCGCAGUGGAUGGGUUGGGGUUUUAAUCGUCCCGGCUUUAGCGGUAUCAUGCUGGGCUGCUAGGUCGUUUUGUUGGGAGGCCUGGCCGUGGUUUUGGUGUAAAGUUUGGUUGAGCAGCAGAGAAGAAGAUAUACGUCGGUGGUGCCCGAUUCCUACUAGGUCGUGUCUAGGCAAGGGGGCGACAGACGUGAGGUUGACACACAUCUUGCUGAGAGCGACAAGAGACAAGAGGUAGUAGUGGAGGGUACAGGUUCACACCUCCUGGCGUCCGACACAUGAGCGAUGAACAUGACCUUGUUUGCAAGUACGAUGAUUUGUAAUGUUUUUGCCCAC